GACGUAAUCUAAUAUCAGAAUCAAGGUUUAAGUCUAACAAAAGGAAUCCUCUCCAAGAUUUCCAUUCCAUCAGCCUGAACACGAGUAAUCAAACCGAAAGCCCCGAAAUAAACUAACAACUUUUCAAGCCAAAAAAAAAACAAAACCUAGUCAUAUUUCCAAUUCCCAAACAUCCACAAGACUAACUCGUAAUCUAAGAUUACAAACAUGAACAAAAGUGAUGUCAAGAAAAAAUUCCGACGCGUCGACCUCUCGCCUCCCUUGCUACAUUUAAAUUCCAUACAUACGUCCACAGGAAUGGAAUAAAAGUGAUCCUGCAGAUAAAAGCCCUAGGAUAUAUUUCCCCCUCGCACGUAGAUGGCUCAGAAAAAUUCGAAGCACAUUGAGGAAAGAAACUUCUGUAAGAAUGACAACUACUACCCUUAGCUCAACUUCAACAAGCAUUGGUGGUGUGACGGAUGGAGGGGGACUUUUCCCAACGUUUGUUCCGAGUGAUAUUGCGGGUCAGACGGUUUUGGGAUGUCCUAUUGUAUGUUACCAUCUUGUCAUCUACUCAUAAACUCUGUUCUCUUCUUUCAAGUGUUCAUAACUAACGACUUCCUUUCAGUCAUCAUUCAUGUCACUCGACUCUAAAUGUCCCAUCACAGGCACCGGACUCCCCGCAUGCGCAACCCAAACCGCUAAUUUCGACGAACCAUGCUGUGGUUCCCUCAGCGCAUUCGCCACUAGCGUUGGAGAUUGCUAUAGCAGUAAUGCACCGGCUUGUUUGAAUUUAGAUGGUGAGCUAUCCCCAUAUAAUCUUCCCAUUUUUCCUGAGCUAGUUCGCACAAACCAAAAGCAAGAAGAAUAGAAAGAAGAACGACCAAUGAAAUAAAAUAAACUAACAAAUUAAAAAGAACUCUCGAGUAGCUUAACAGCAUUCAGCGCCACAGCAACCGACCAACAAGUCACCAACCCAUGCGCUCGAUUCGCUUCCACAACUACUACUAGCGCCGCCACCGAGACGGGGGGGCAAGCUGCUCAGACUGGGGAAACUGGAGGAAGCGGAGCAACUGAAGGAUCUACUACAACAGGAACUGCGACGGGCAGCGCAAGCGCCGCCAGUAGUACGGAUUCCAGCUCCGGAAGUGCAAAAGAGAGAGGAAACAUGGGAUUGAAAACGGUUGCCACUUUGGCUUUGAUGGGAAGUUUGGGUGUGUUGUGGCUGUGAAAGGCGAGAAUCGUUGUGAGAUGAGGAGAGAAACAGGAGUAUGGUUGAUGACUUUACCGAUAUGGAUGUUAUGGGUACUUGUUGUAGGGCUCUCUGGCGAGAUGGAGGUUUUGAGUGAGGAUGAGAGUGGCGUUGGGCUUUUGGUUUGGUGGAUGUUAUCUAUGUUGUCUUUCGGUAUUGUAAGUGGGCUUGGAAUUUAUGUUGGUGUGGGAUAAAUAUUGUUAAAGGAAUGUCAUUUGGUUCUCUUGCUUGCGUUCGGAGAUCUGAUCUAAAGAUCUAUCAUCAAUGCACUUCACUUCGUACU